CCAGUGACGAACGCUGGUCCUUUAAAAGGCAUCUUUAAAAAAUUAGAAUGACCGGGGGAGAAAAUUAUACACCUGGUGCUCUCCAUCUGCACUUGGAAUCUGUUCUGUGUUUGGAAUAUUUCGACUUCUAGAGUCCUGCGUUCUUAGGCAACUCUCCAAGAACUUGUUGCAAAGGUUCUCAAUGCAAUACUGAUCUGCGCCGGCAGUUUGGUCUCCAUUUGAAGAUGGCAAUCCACGUGGAAGGGCUGGUAGCAAUAAUUCUGUUCUAUCUGCUCAUUCUGUUUGUUGGAAUAUGGGCUGCGUGGAAAAACAAAAACUCCGGGACUGCAGCCGGGACAGAUCGCAGUGAAACCAUCAUGGUUGGCGGGAGAGAUAUAGGGUUAUUUGUUGGGGGAUUUACAAUGACAGCUACAUGGGUCGGCGGAGGAUAUAUCAAUGGGACGGCAGAAUAUGUAUACUUACCCGGGUUUGGACUAGCCUGGGCUCAGGCUCCAUUCGGAUACGCACUUAGCCUGAUAGUAGGCGGUAUGUUUUUUGCUAAACCAAUGCGCUCCAGAGGCUACGUUACCAUGCUGGACCCGUUUCAGCAGAUCUACGGUAAAAGAAUGGGAGGGUUACUCUUCAUCCCCGCUCUCAUGGGAGAGAUCUUUUGGUCGGCAGCUAUCCUAUCAGCGCUAGGUGCAACUUUGAGUGUGAUAGUGGACAUGAAUAUCAACACGUCAGUCAUUGUCUCUGCUCUCAUAGCAAUCUUUUACACUCUGGUGGGAGGGUUGUAUUCUGUUGCCUAUACAGAUGUGGUUCAGCUUUUCUGCAUUUUCUUGGGGCUGUGGGUCAGUGUGCCUUUUGCAUUGUCCAACCCAGCCGUGUCAGAUAUAGGAGUGACCGCUUAUAAAUAUGUUCAUCAGGAGCCCUGGCUGGGAUCCAUCAACCCAUCAGAUAUAUACAUGUGGCUGGACAACUUCUUUUUAUUAAUGCUGGGGGGGAUUCCCUGGCAGGUGUAUUUCCAGCGGGUUCUUUCUGCCUCCUCAGCUACCUAUGCGCAAGUAUUGUCCUUCCUGGCAGCGUUCGGCUGUUUGGUGAUGGCUGUGCCAUCUGUUCUUAUUGGCGCAAUAGGUGCAUCUACAGACUGGAAUCAGACUUCGUAUGGGCCUGUGCAGCCGAAGAUGAAGGAGGAGUCAGACAUGAUUCUGCCAAUAGUACUCCAGCAUCUUUGCCCCUCAUAUAUUUCCUUUUUCGGUCUUGGGGCUGUGUCAGCUGCAGUGAUGUCAUCUGCUGAUUCAUCAAUCCUAUCUGCAAGCUCCAUGUUUGCCCGUAACAUCUACCAGCUUGCAUUUAGACAAACGGCAUCUGAUAGAGAGAUCGUGUGGGUAAUGAGGAUUACCAUUUUCGUGUUUGGAGCUGUGGCAACGGCCAUGGCCCUGUUAACUGGAACAGUGUACGGCCUGUGGUAUUUGAGCUCAGACCUCGUCUACGUCAUCAUCUUCCCCCAGCUGCUGAGUGUGCUCUUCGUUAAGGGAACAAACACGUACGGGUCAGUGGCGGGAUAUAUCUUUGGUUUGCUUUUGAGGAUCAGUGGAGGAGAACCAUAUCUUAAACUCCCCCCCUUCAUUUACUAUCCCGGCUGGACCGAACAGGUGAAAGAGCAUCCUCUAACAGGAGCAAUAGAACAUGUCAUUGUUCAGAAAUUCCCAUUCAAAACCAUAUCAAUGUUGUCCUCUUUUUUGGCAAACGUGGCAUUCUCCUACCUAUUCAAGUAUCUUUUUGAAAGUGGUUCACUGGCUCCUAAAUAUGACUUCUUCGAUGCUGUUUUGACAAAGCACAGCAAAGAAAACAUGGAUAAAACCACGUUGGUUAACAGCAACAAUAUUGUACUGUCUGAAUUAGCACCUGUCAAACCAAGACAUAGCACCACGGUCGCUGCUGGAUUCGUAAACAAGGAGGCUUUAAGUGAUGAGGAUACUAGCCCAAAUUCGUCAAACAAUGAACAUGACUGAUGCUUCUUCAGGGCUCUGUAGCCUUAAUGGACAAAUAAACCAGUUUAGGUGAAACAUAUAGUGAAGAAGAGUUUCAUCCAAUUAACCAUUGUGUUUGGAUCUGGAUAUUCAGUUUUAAUUGCUGCUAUAUAAAUCAAUAGGCAAUGAGAACAUACCAACUUGAUUAAUUAAUAAUUUGAACCACAGUCAUCUAUUAAAAAGCACUGUAGGAUGAACUGCAGUGCAAUAUUAGACUGGAAGGUAAUAAUAGCCACAAUCAUGUUUGGAUACAUUGACUUCCGUUUAAAUAGGUAUGUGCAGUUUUCUUUAAUAUUUGCUGCAGGGAAUCUGGAACAAUGGAGCAAUAAUAAUGUGUUAAUUUCUACCAAUGCAUUAACAAGCAAUAGAUUAACUACUAACAAAAAGGACUGUAAUUCAGUAGGAUUAUUCAGUGUGUUUAACAUUAAUACCCCUGUUAUAUAAUAACUGCCAUUGUACGCAUACAAAUAUUCUACUUAGGGUUACAGGAAUCACACAUUAAAGAGCAAUUUAGACCACAAAUCCUACUGAGGAGUAGAUUGAUAACGAAGUACUGAGUUAUAUUAUUGCGCUAUUUAAUCAAACUUCUAGAUAUACUGUUGGUCAAAAUGUUAGCAGUUAAAAAGUUAACAGUCAAAACUUUUUAAGAACUUCAUUUAAAAUGUCUAAACUGCGGCUUAGAAAGUUUAAUUGAAUGCUGCUCACUGGGAAAUAUCAUGGCUUCUGUAUGUUUUAAUUGAAUCACUCCCUUAUGUCCACCAACUCUAAAUACGACACCUCUCUUUCCUCUAUGGAUACAAGCCCUUCCUUAUUGUACAGUUGUGGAUCACAAUCUGAUGGACAGUUUGCACAACCGUCAUUGCUCUAACUUGUACAAUACGCAAGUAAAAUACAAAUGUUAUAUUUGUUUCUUGCCUAUUUUUCAUUCUGUGGAGCGAUAAAUCUAAAUAUUAUUAUCUGCACUAUAAACUUGAAUUUGUGCUAAAAGCAAAUGCAUCCCGAAACCCAUAAAGAAGAUUCCUUCCUUCAAAUCCAAAUCUCAUUUUUAUAUUAUUAGGGAAUAGGUAAACAUUAAUGGUUUUUUUGGUUUUUUUUGGUUUUUUUACAAUGUCGUGCUAUUUAAAACAAAAGUAUAUUCUGUUCAUUUUGAAUAUAGUAUAAUAAAUGAAGGGUGGUUGUAUACAAAUCCCCAGCUAUUAGAUUGUUAAAAUAGAACGUUACCUAUGAGUGCAUUGAGCCAGUAGCACAAAAGUGUCAUUGGUGCCAUAAGCUUCAUCACUAUUUUUCAAAACAAGAACAUGGAUAGCUUUCAGGUUUAUGCAGGGCCAUAGAGACUUAUGAUUUUUUAUUAUGUGUUUGGUUGAAAAAGAAUUCUUUUCUUUUGUGGGAAAAAAAAAAUCAAUAUUCAAUAUAUUACAAUUUUCAACAAGUUUUUAACAGUUAUUGUUUGUAUUCACUAGUCAGUGUAUACCAAACCUGAAUGUCGUGUAUAUUUCAUAGACAAAGCGCCUUAAUCACAUCCUUUGGGGGACCUAGCCUGAUGCUAUGCAAGGUCAAAAUUAGAUGUGUCAGGCACAUCACCAUAUAUGAAUCAACUUGAAUGUGAGUCUUCCAAUGAGAGAACAAACUUCAUCAAACACAUUUGGAUAAUGUAGUAUUUUCAGUUUGUAUAUUGUUUGGCAAGCAUGUGAUCAUGAGUUUAUGAUGUGAUAAAUUUCAAGAUGACAUGUUCCACUAUAGUUAUAGGUGUAGCAAGAACAUGAUAGUUCUGCCCGCAGUUUGGCAGGCAAGUACAGUAUUUGUGAUU